GGGAGAUCCUUGGUGCUCAUUUUCUCCCCCGGAGGAACCAGUUUCGAGAUGGGUCGCCCUUUGGCUCGCCUGCUCUGCCUGAUGCUCUCCUUCCCGUGGAUCCAACCUGAUCUCCUGCGAAGCCACAUUAUCGGGGGCCAUGAAGCCAAGCCACAUUCCCGACCCUAUAUGGCCAUCCUGAAGUCAGACGAAGGUUACGUGUGUGGAGGAACCCUGAUAGCUCCGCAGUGGGUCAUGACUGCGGCACACUGCAUGAUGGAGUUCACUGUGGUUUUGGGUGCGCACAACGUCUAUCACAUGGAGAAGUCUCAACAAGUGAUUGGCGUGAAGUCCUACCAUAUGCAUCCGGGGUACGAUGAAAACACCUAUGCGAACGACAUGCUUCUCCUGAAGCUGGACUUUGAGGCAUCCCUCAACAAAGAUGUCCAGAUCAUGCCGUUGCCCAAAUCCCGCAGCGACCUCCCGGAGGGCACUCCCUGCAGCAUUGCCGGAUGGGGCCUGAUUGAUAAAGACGAGACCACCUCCACGCUGUUCGAGGCCAACGUCACCAUCUAUAACCGAAGGAAAUGCAAGGCCUUCUACCCUUACCUGGAGGACGGCAUGAUCUGCGCCGGCAGCUACAACCAGAUGCGGGAUACGAGCCAGGGGGACUCUGGAGGCCCGAUGAUCUGCAGGGGUGUGGUGCACGGGGUCGUUUCCUAUGGCUACAACAGCCCUCCUGGCGUUUACGCACGAGUUGCUUAUUAUCUCCGCUGGAUCGAGAGCGUCAUGGAGUCGAACCCAUGAGAACCCGGCACAACCAAGACCUUUGAUUCCCCCUUUUCAGCCUUCUGCAUGAUUAACAAUUUGCGUGGCAUUCUAACUAGCAGCUAACUACUUUUGGGGGUGCUUAUAACUGUAACUAUAACUAAUUACUUUUCAACCACAGGGGAAGUGUCCCAAAUGAUAGGAACAGAUGAGUGCAUGAGGGUUUAGCCUCGUCUAGUCCUCACUUUUAGCCUGAUCUUACCUCCUACCUGUUGUAGGAAAUAAAGAAGAGGACAGGAAAGGUCCCAAAAACUACCUGGUGUUCACUGGAGAAAAAGCAGGACAGAAGAGUGUCAAGCAGGGGAAAAAAACAUUGUGUUUGAGUUCUUUCGUAAGUAACACUGCACAAAAUAUUUGCUUUUAGUUACUUUUCACCCACUGAUUUAAAAAACCUCUAAAAGGCAUCAUGAACUGGCUUGGGUUGGGUAAGUAAGUACCUUUUAGAGGUGUUUUUUGUUUAAAGUAACUGAAAGCAACUCUUUUGAGUAGUUGCUACUUUUUAAAAAAAUCUAACUAGUAGCUAACUACUAAGAGAGCCUCAGAACUGUAACUGUAACUAAUUACUUUCCAAAAGUAACUGCCAAGCUCUGUUUAAUUCCCACCAGACCACUUCGGACUCUAUUUUCCUCAUCCCACUCCUGCAUGUUAAAGCCCUGAAAAGUCUUUCUUAUCCCAUCCAUUCACUUCUGCUGCCCUUUUAUAUGUAAUGCUUGGAAAUUACCAGGGAUGGGGGCCAAAAAGGUAAUAUUUUCCCCUUCUGCUUAGACCCGGAGCUCCCAGGUCCCCAGAUUGUCUGCUCUUCUAAGCCGUUCUAUCCACUCACCAUCACUGCCCCCCCUUUUCCCUGGGAAGCUCUCAGAAAACGCCGUCCUACGGGGAAAUCUCUUAUGCAUUUCAGAAGACGCCAUCGUGGUAAACCUUGCCGGUAACCCUCUUCCUUUGAUUCCAAAACUAAAGCAAAACUUUAAGAACUCCUCCUCUGUGCUAACUCCUUUGCCGACCUUUCUCUGUUGGCUGCAUCAAAUUAAUCAUUAAAAUAUAUAUUUUUGCAAUUUUUAA